AUGGAAGAUGGCACAGAAGUGGGUACUACUGAAUGUAUCACUAAAGAAUCUAUUGAGGAGGUCAUGCUCGAGGUCAAUUCCACUAAGUAUCAGCAAUGCAUGAACUCACAAUUCAUGCAAGACCCACUCCUGUCUGAACUUGGAUACAUUGGUAACACAGACACUGCAGAGGAAAUCUUGCAAGGUAGUUACCAGUGCUCCCCUGUACUUAAUCAGUACACCCAAGCAGUGAUCCAACACAUGAGAAUCCCUCCAGGCCUCCACGUUCCUCAAAGCAUUGCACAUGUUCCUACGCCGGACCAUACAGCCGCCUGA